UCCAGACAAUUGGAGAGACCAUUCGGGAGUCCUGGAGAGCUUGAAUUCCGCACCAAUGAGGGCAGUCCCUAUAAUCGGACUCGGCUGGAAUCUGGUUUAAAUAUAGCCCAGGAUAUAAAAGCAACGCCGUGCCACACUUUUGGCCCAGCAUUAGCCCGGCUUUGCCUCUGUCCCCUUUGCUGCCCUGAUGUCCGACCGCCGCAUCCCCUUCAGUUUCAUGCGGAGCCCCAGCUGGGAUCCGUUCCGGGACUGGCACUACCCCGGCCGGAUCUUUGACCAGUGCUUCGGGAUGCCGGCUUUGCCCCACGACUGGUCGGUCGCCGACUGGCCCGGCAUGUGGCCGGGUUAUAUCCGACCGUCCCUGGUGGCACCGAGCGGGGCAGCGGCUCCUACCAGCGGCCAGGACAGUAGCCUGAGCCGGCAGCAAAGUACUGGAGUGUCCGAGAUCAAGGUGACCUCAGAUAAGUGGAAAGUCAGCCUUGAUGUCAAUCACUUCGCCCCGGAAGAAAUCGCAGUCAAGACCAAGGAUGGAUACGUGGAGAUCACCGGAAAGCACGAGGAGCGACAGGAUGAGCAUGGUUUCGUUUCAAGGUGCUUUACUCGGAAGUACCUUCUGCCACCAGAUACGGACCCAGCUAUAGUUACUUCGACAUUGUCACCCAGUGGCAUACUGACAGUGGAAACGCCAGUGAAGAAACCAGCCGUGCAGUCCUCUGAGAUCACCAUCCCAGUGACCUAUGAGUCCAAAGCCCAAAUAGGAGUGCAGGAUUCAAAGAAAGCAACUGAAGCAACAAAGAAGUGAUUCAAACUCCGAAAAAGAAAGUUGUACCCAGCAGAUCACAGGAUGGCCAGAUUAAUACCGCAACAGCUUGGCUAGUUUUAAAAGAAUUUACCCUUCAAUCAUUAAUUAGUUAUUAACUAAUUUCCAGAAUGCAUCUGUGCCUUUGGGCUGUUAAAUAUUUUAUUCAAUACAUUUUCAGACCUCGAGACUUCCCAGAUUUUCAUAAAAAAUGCUUGUUUAAUCAACAUGGAACUUUGUUAAAGAAAAACAAAUGAUUGGAACAAAUAAAUCCUUU